ACAAAAUACCUGCAUAUGCAUGGAGCAGGCUUUUUCCCCUCCACCUAGAAUUGAAUUGCACAACAUAAAGGGAACAUAAAGUAUUUGCUCUCUGAUUCCACAUAAAGAACUUCAGCUUUCUCAGGAAACCUAGAGCUCUUUGGAAGCCAAGCAUUCCACAAUGAAGAGCUUUCUGGCUUUCCUUGUUGCAGUGGGCGCCAUGGUGACCCUGGCUGAUGCAGGCUGCAUUACUGCACUUCAGGUUCCAGGGAGGCCCUACAGAGGCUGUGUGUGGAAUGGAAAACUGUAUCCCUUUGGACACAUUGAGAGGACAGAAGAUUGCUACCAAUGCAACUGUGACGAACGUGCAAUGCAAUGCUGUACCAUCUUUUUCAUUCCUCGUUCUUAUGACAAAGAGAAAUGUAAAGUUGUUUUCAACAAGAAGCGCUGUCGCUAUGAUGUCCUGCAGAGGGAUGACCCCUCACAGCCAUGUUCUGGCUUUUCUGCUGUGAUCUAACCCCUGCUCCAAACCUCUCUGCACUGGGGAAUUCCUCUGCUUCCUACAGAUGCUUUGUCAUCACAGAGAAGCACGAUGACAUGGGGAAAUCUCAUAAGAGAGCGCUUCAGGAGCUGCCUUCUGACCUCCUAAGUGUUGUAAUUCAGCUUACCAGAUGCAUAAUCAGAUAGUGUCUCAUUUCUAUCAAAAGGUCAUAUUCAUGUUCUUAAUAUUAGUUGUGAAGACUUUGUGUUUUAACUGAUUUAUAGAUGUUUAGUUAUCUUUUUAAUUAAAUAGGAUUUCAUUCUGCUAGGUUCCUUUUUUUCAACCUGUAUUUAUUUCUUUUCAAAUUAGACCCUUAUUACCUAUAAGGUCCCAAGAGUUUCUGUAUAAUCUGGGUUCCAGUUUUCUUACAGAUUAAGAUGACUUUCUUAGUGCAGGAAGAUUUUGAAUCUGAACAGCUCAGCACAAACAAGAGCUGGCACUUAAGAAGAAAGAAAAUUAAUUCUCAUGGGUUUACCAGGCCAAGGAAAUGUAGAGCCUUGUCUCAUAGACUCCAUAGUAGAAACUGUAUUCACUAACAUCCAAAAAUUGCAUGUAAAUGUUUUUAAAAAGACAUUUUUAGUCUCAAGGUGCAAUUGUAUUGGUUUUUCUAUUACUAGUGUAGCUGGUAAUACUGAAACUUCCUUUUUUUCCCCCGCCUCUAAAUAAAACCAAUUUAGCAAUGAAACUCAGUCUUUCAUCUCCCUUGCUCCAAGCUGGGAAAUGCUCAAGAACAUUGCCACAGGUAAUUUUUACUGGUUUGGGAUUUUUUAUUCAUGAGAUUGUCCAUCUGCAGGAAAGCAGAUUACUACAUCACUCAUCCUCUGAAUUUUUUAUUAUUUUUGCACCACCAAAAAUUAAUGAAAUGUGUAAGGCAGAAAGAAAGAGGUACCAAUUCUGUUUUCCAUCCUUCACAGAAAUGAGACUAAAGAAAACCUUGUUGAAUUUUGCUAACUUCCUCAAAAAUCCCAUCAGAAAUUCCUCUCCAAAUGAGAAAUAUUUUUGUGAUGGUAAAACACUGGAGAAUAAGUUUUUCCUAUUUUUAUAUCCACAGGUUAUACCAUACAAAAACUCCUUAGAAACAACCCAUUAUUGUCAGAGUGGGUCCAAAUUUCAGAUUCUAAAGAUUUUAUAGCACUCAAAUUCAACCUGUUGACACCUAUAUGAUCAGAGAAUCAUGGCAAUACCACACAUGUAUUUAAUCUGCUGCAUAUUUCACAUUUUAAGGAUUUCAAAAAUAAAAUGCUAGCUGUCAUUUUGUGAAAAAAAAUUACAUGAAACUUGUUGCAUUUUC